ACCGGCGAGGCGUUAUUGGCUUGCGGUCCUCUUCGGCGGCCUUUCCCGCAUUCCAAAUCGGUUAAUCAGACUUUUAAGGAGUGCACGCGUCACCGGAUUGUGCUCCGGCGAUAGGGAGUCAGUGGUCGGACGGGCUAAGCGAGCGACGUGCGAGGGAGAAAUCGCAUUUUAAGCUCUUUGCAGCGUUUUGGUUGGUUUAGGGCUUCCGGCAGUGGAAAGCAGCGGCGAGAAAAGAUGAGAUUUUGCGAGAGGUUCUGUGUGAAUUGCCGAAUGGAAGACAAGGGUUAUUGGCUUUGGCUUGCCAAAACCUUGCUUUGGAGAAGAAUGGUGCGCUCAGGCGCUCCUCGUCCAGGUAAACGAAGCCGAUCUAUUCCCCCUUCUCCCCUGAGAAGAAACUCCGGGAGGCCGGUUGGAAACCAUGCUGAAUCUGCCCCUUCUCGGCAGCAUACCUCUUCUUUGGUUACUCCUAGCCCCAACUUAGACACCAGCAGCAACAUGAGUUUCUUGAAUGAUACCUCAACUGUGUCUUCACUCCCUGAUCACUCAUCUGGAGGCGGUCGGCCUGUGGCAGCCGGUGGGCUCAUGGCCACAUCGAGGAAUUUCCAACAGCAAAGUGGCGGCGGAGGUGCACUGGAUGUGCUAGGCCCUGCAAAGUUUGAUCCUCGUGCGUUCACUUCGACUUCUCCCACAGCUCAGGGGCAACAGCCCCACAAUCUCUAUUCUAGUCGGAUGUCUUUGGAUCAUUCACAGCCUGAUCAGCUCAAUAUGAUGCAGAAUUAUCAAGGAUCAUCCUCAAUGCCUCACAUGCAGAGGCAAACAGAGCUCAGGGAAGGGUUGGGAAAUUUUGGCAGCGCCGCAUUUGUUAACAUGGAGCCUCAAAAUGGUCCGCUACAGCAUUCUCAGUCUCCGUGCCACACUGGUACUGUGAAUUUGGAACCACACCAGGUGCACUCCGGUAGAGGCUUGGGCCCUGGUAAAAUGGAAAGUGAACAUUCUUAUUCGGCACUGUUCCUGCAACAGCAGCAGGAGCAGCAGUUGUUUAAAAAGCCUAGGCCACGUCCAAAGGCAGCAUAUGAACAUAUUAGUAUGCAGCAGCAACAGUUGCUUCAAAUGCCUGGUCCACCUUCACAGGCAGCAUCUGCACAGAUUAGUCCACAGCAGCAGCAGAUCCUUAGAAGCAUACCUCAGCAACAAGACCAGUUGCAAGCUGUAGAACCUAAAGUAAAAUCCACUCUGUAUGAGCCUGGAAUCUGUGCUCGACAUUUGACCCAUUACAUGUAUCGAAAGCAGCAUAGGCCACAUGAUAACAAUAUUGGGUUUUGGAGGGAACUUGUUGCUGAAUACUUCACUCCUAAUGCCAAGAGGAGGUGGUGUGUUUCUCUCUAUGAAAAUGGACCCCAAACUACUGGCGUUUUUCCUCAGGAUAUAUGGCAAUGUGAAAUAUGUAAUCGCAAACCUGCUCGUGGCGUUGUGACAAAUGUCGAAGUUCUACCAAGGCUAUUACAAAUCAAGUAUGCUAGUGGUAUUUUGGAGGAACUACUCUAUGUUGAUAUGCCUCAAGAAUAUCAAAAUGCAGCAGGUCAGAUUGUCCUUCAAUAUGCUAAAGCAGUUCAGGAGAGUGUGUUUGAGCAGUUAAGGGUGGCACGUGAAGGUCACCUAAGGAUUGUUUUCUCUCCUGAGCUGAAGAUAUGUUCCUGGGAAUUUUGUGCUAGACAUCAUGAGGAGUUUAUUCCUCGACGACUAUUCAUGCCUCAGGUAAAUCGACUUAAUGCCCUGGUUCAGGAAUAUCAGAAUUCGGUGCAAAACUCAACUUUUGGUUUAUCAGCUUGGGAAUUAGAACGUACCUGUAAAUUACUUAUGGAAACUGCUGGUCAAUUGGUUAAGGCUUUGGAGGUGCCAGUGGUAAAUGAUUUGGCCAACAAGAAGUGUUAUCUUCGUUGCCUUCAGAUUUUGGAGGUGCUCGACAGCAUGAAAGAUCUGAUUGAUUAUAGCAUACAAACAGGGACUGGCCCUAUAGAUAGUUUGAUCAACUUCCCGAAGAGGACUGCUUCUUCUUCGGUGCUCCAUUCUCAACAAGUCCAACAACCUGAUGUUCAGCAAACAAUUCCCCAAUAUACAAGCCAAUGUGAUCAGACAUCUGCUUAUGCAACUGGUGUGCAGCUUUUAUCAGCUAGUGGUAGUCUAACGAGUGUUGCUAAUACCCUUAACAAUUUACCUUCCACCUGUACCACAACUACCACCGCUGGACUCCGUCAGAACUCUUUGAACUCAAGGCAGGACAACCGGAGUAGCAAUGUAAAUGGUCCACAUACUGGGAACACUGUUCCGAUACCACCAGCUAGCUCCAUUUCAUUGCGUCAGUCGCAGCCUAAUGUUUUUCCUCGCACUCCAUCUUCCAUACCCUCCACGUCGAACAAUUUCCUCACUUCCUCUGAUAACAUUGGUCACCUAGACUCUGUUAAUUCACCUGUGAUAGCGUCUACCAUGAAACAGCCAUUAACAGAGUCUCAAGAAGAUGAUCCAACUGAAAGCCCUAGUGUUGAUCGGACAUUACAAGAGAUGAUGACCUCUCAGCGCACUGGUGUUAGCUCCCUUGGCCAUCAGGGCGUCAGUGGAACAGGAUCAGGAAUCACUGGUGAAAUUAGACCAUUGAAAACUGCUGGAACAUCAAGAGGAGAAAUGGCAAAAAACACUGUGGCUAUGAAUGAACAGGCUGGGAUAAACUACAGGUCAAAUGAUCCAUCCGAUGUGAUCCAUCAGCAGCAGGAGGAUAUGAACAGGCUUUUUGAUGGCCUUGAACCACUCGACAACUUCGACAUUCUUCAAUUAAUUCAGGAACUCUCCCAAUGAUAUGGUAACAGUUUAAGGAGUUGCUUGAAAACAUCAGAUUUUUCCAGAGGAGCUCUUUGUAAGUCCUAUACCCAACAUUCUUUUGUUUUAUAUAAAAAUUUUUGACGCACUGAAAGAGUUUAUGAUUGCGAAGGGCAGAGAUAUGUGAAUGAGAAUUGCAGUGAUUUUGUUUC